GGAGUUCAUACGAUCUAACGAGACGUGUUUAAGUUAUUUAUUGCAUUUUGGUCAACACUUGCCAGGGUUUUAUUUUAAAAGAAAUCUUACAAACCUUUCAGCGAAGAUGGUAAAAACGCGGUCAAAACCUUCAAUUUCGGUGUUUCACAACAAACACAAGCAGGAUUAUUCUUUAGAUGAAAAUAAACUUCCCACUCAGCUGAACGUGAAAGCCUCUGAGAAGACGAAGCGACCAGCGGAUGGUUCCACGGAGAAUGUUCCUUCACGAAAAAGAGCAGCUUUUGGUGAUAUCACAAAUGCAACUUUCAACCAGCCUGAUGAAGGGGGUAAAGAUAAGCAGACAAAGAACAGCUUCGUGUUAAAAGACACGGAAACGAGACAAGGUAGAAUGAAGACCAAGACAAAAGCAAAACAAUACCGAAGGAGCAAAGAGAAAGAUUCAACUAUCAAAGAUCGAAAACCGUUAGUAUCCGAAGUGAAAUCUCAGCCUUCGUCGCCAUCGGGUGACAUUUUAGGCUGCGCAUACUGGAGCGAAGAAUCUUCACUUUCCCAAGACAUUUUGCAAAUUUCUGCAAGCACCACAUGUGAUGGUCUUGAUUCAACAAGAACUCAAAGUGCCUGUGAUUCUGCUUCAACAAGCUUGAAAGAGCCCCCAAGUUGCAAGAAUGACAGGUCAGAGGUGGAGCAACACUUCAACAAUGAUGAUGGAAAAUCAGCUGUUGACGCAGUGAUUGACAUUGAUGCAGACGCAUCAGAUCCUGUUACUGUGUCGGAUUAUGCAAAUGAGAUCUUUGCAAAUAUGAAGACAAGGGAGGAACGUUUUCCACUGACAAAUUACCUGGAAAAACAGCAAGACAUAACUGCACAGAUGAGAGCCAUAUUGGUUGACUGGUUGGUUGAGGUUCAAGAAUGUUUUGAACUUUAUCAUGAGACUCUAUAUCUGGGUGUGAAACUUCUUGAUCAUUUCCUUGAGAGGAACACAGUAAAGCGGGAUGAACUACAGCUUGUUGGAGCCACAACUCUCCUUAUCUCGUCUAAAAUUGAGGAGCGACAUCCACCAUGCAUGGACGACUUGAUUUACAUCUGUGAUGAUGCAUAUAAACAACAGCAGUUUAUUGCAAUGGAAACUAAAAUAAUGUCCAGUUUGGGAUUUGAUAUUAACAUCCCCAUUCCUUACAGAUUCCUCAGACGAUAUGCAAAGGCUGCAUUUGUGAGCAUUGAAACACUCACAUUGGCACGUUAUCUUCUGGAGUCCUCCCUUCUUGAAUGUCAAUUUAUUUCAAAAAGAGCCUCUCUAAUGGCUUCAUCUUGCCUGUACCUGGCAAUGAUAAUGAAGAAUUGUGGAGAAUGGACAGCCACUUUGGUACAUUACACAGGCUACAGCAAGGACAAAUUAUGCGAGUGCGUGUUACAGCUUAAUGCAAUGAACAGUGCACCAGCUAACAACAACUUGAUGACUGUGAAGAAUAAGUAUUCGCAUAAAGUAUUUCAUGAAGUUGCUACAAUCCCACCACUGGACUCGUUAACCAUUCAAAUCUAGACUGAUUGCUCUCGCAUAUUUACAUAUUGUAUAGUUCAGAUUGACAUGUGUUGUAAAUUAGAAUCUUCGAAAGAUACAUUAUCUUUAGAAAACUAGUUAUGGGUUAAGGAAAAUAAUUUCUUUAAUGACAAGUAUGGUAUAAGAAGCAACAAGAGCCAACUCUGUUAAAUUUUGUUAUUUGUAUUAAUCAGUAUACUUUACCCAGUUGUUUUGUGCAGAGAAUUUUACUUUUGUUACUUUCUGCAAGUAUUCAUUACUAAUCUUAUAACGAAGCUGUCAUUCCACCGAUGCAUGUAACAGGUAGCGAAUGACCUCGUAAGAAUUUCUUGGAGGAAACUUUUGAAUUCAUUUUCAUGUUGUAAGGGGAAGCAAUACUUAUGGACUCUCUGUAACGAGAAUGUAUCAAAUAUAUAAAUCUUAUUUACCUCUUGUAAGAAGGGAAGAAUACAGCCGUGGUUAGUCACUAUUCACUUCUGUUCAGAAAUAUGUUUUUAAUGGUCUUAAAACAUUUUUAUAUUUUUAAGCUCUGACCUCAAACCAACAAAGAAAAUCUUGUAGUUGCCAGACUACCUUAAACGGUUUAAGACCUGUUCAUUUUCUCUCGUACCAAAAUAUCGAACAAUGUAAUAAGCAACAUUGGGCUGUAAAUAAAAUGAUGAUAAUUAAAGCCAGCAAUCUACUGCUGAACUGUUCUCACGUCUUUUUAA